GCACACACACACUUAAACACACACUGCCUCCACUUCACUCUCACACUCCCACCUCUCCAGAAGCUGCCAGAGAGCCACCACCUCUCCACCUCUCCACCUCUCCAUCUCCAUCUGCGCGUAAAGCUGUGCGCAACAUCUCCGGAGCUCCAAACCAGCACAUUGGAGAGAGAGAGACGGAUAAUAUAGGAAUAUGUCUACCGAAACGCCGGAUGAUAUGAAGCUGUCGUACCAACAGAAAGUGCUGGAGGAGAAUUUCACGAAAGUCAGCAAGCAUCCGGAGGGAGUGACGCUCAUGUUGAUCGCUGCGGAGUGCGGGCUGUCAGAGGAGGAAACUAAAAAAUGGUUCAACACACGUUACGCACAGUGGAGGAAGGCGGAGGGUCUUCCGGCUCAGCUGGGAUCAGUGUUGGACUGAGACUCGAAGAAGAAGCAGACGAAGAAUCUCCUGGAUUGCCUGAAGCUCUGACCCGACCUUGUUUCUCCUGGACAAACUGACCCUACCACCUCUUCCUCAUACACUUCCCCUCUCUCCAAUGUGUCAUUCUCUCUUUUUGUAUCUAUGAAGCUAUUUUAAAACUUACUGUGUGGAAUGUGAAGGUGUUUGUGUGUUGUUGCCAAUAUAACCGCCAUGUUUACAGAAAUAAACAUAUUGUUAUUAUAAGUUAAAA